AUGCCAAUUAGUCCGAAUGGUGACUUUCCAGCUGCGCAAAUUAAUUUUCCAGGGUUACCACCGGUUCUUCUUCAAGUCUUACCAUUACCAGGUGUUAAAAUGGGAGAACAUUACACAAUCAACGUUCCGACGCAGUUAAUUUGGGAUGGUAUAUCCAGCGCGUUAGCCAGUGGAGGGACUGUCAAUGGUGGUCCAAUAAUCUUAUCGAUCACACCUACACCUUUACCUUCACAUUCAGUGUCUUCUAUGUCUACAGUACCCGCCUCCUCUUAUACUAUGACAAACCAAACAUCCACACCUAUCUCUUUAUGUGGGCCAUCUAAUGGGUUUAUUAAUCCAACUCUUCCUCAGGUUGGAGUUCCCGUUUCAACAGUGAUCCCUUAUUCUACACUUUCUGUUGGUCCUUUAACUACAACAGUAACUACAACCAGUGUUAUCAAUACUAAACUUCCAGGAGUUAAUAUUAGUCCCCUGCUUUCCAAUCCUGUCAGUGCUGUUGGGGGAGCCAAACGUAUGAGAGCUAUCGCUCCCAAGCCAUCAAACGUUAGUUCUGUUGCUACUUUGGGGGUAAAACCUACAUCUGCUUCUACUACAAUAUCAAAAAGUGGGACAAAGCGUCAUGGUCUAGUUACUGCUAUUUCAAGUGUGAAUGGAAUUGUAUCAAACAGCACUUCCUCGCAAAGUAAUCAUGCUAGCAUUCCAAAUAUUGGAGCAAUUACUGGAGUACCAACACCUCAGAAACUGUUGCAUUCAGCUUCUAGAAAGGUAUCGUUACCCUUAGUUAACUUUAGUUCCUCUUUUGUACGGUCGGGUCGAGGUAGACGUCGCUGUGCUGUUGGACAACAAUCUGUUUCUACUACGUUUGUUACUAGUGCACAUGCUUCGCCUAUAUGUAUAACAAACUCUGUUAACUCAGGGAUGGGGAUCAGCACUGAUACCAGUAAUGUUUGCUCUUUGCAGACCCCAGUUUCCUUACCAUUAAGUAAUCAAUCUUCAUUAUCAUCGUUUUACAGCACACCACCCAUUUUGGUACCACCGACUACGAAUCCCGGAGCAGUUUUACCACCUGGACCCAUUCCACCAACAUUUCUUUUGGUAAUCCAUUGCAUAACUCCUGUUACGUGUACUGUCUCCAUUUCUCCGUCAACGUCAUGUCCGUUAGCUGUUGUUCGGUCUCUUCCAUCUGUCAGUUCUGCGAAUAUAUUUGCUGCCAAUAAUGGACCAACAAUGGCUUCUCUCGAUCCUGUUACCGGGCUUUUAACAUAUUACCCCUCAUCAUGCAUUCCUAUGAAUAACCCAUAUCCCCCUACAAUAUCUUCUAGUGACUCACCGUCAAUCAAUAUAUCAACUGUGUGCUCUCAGCCGAAUCAGACAAUGAGUAUUCAGCCUUCUUCACAAUCCGGACCGGUCAUGUAUCCUUUUCAGACGCAACAUCUCCUUUCUAACCAAAUUGUCCCAACUAUUUUCCCAAAUAUACCUACUGAUAUAGCUGGUGCAAAUACAUUUACGGAUCAUACGGCAUUCUUACAAUCAUUUGCACCUAGUUUGAUGGAUAGUUCUUGCAUAUCGUCUAAUGUACAUAUAUCUUCAGAAUCCACCAUCGUCCAGAGUCAAAUGGCUUGUCAAAAUGCUUUUCUUACGUCAGCGGGUAAUUUUCAUAGCAAUGGUAAUGGUGGAAACAUUCCCAUUUUCCCGUCACUACCCGUUUCAUCGAUUGCGUUACCCAGUUUGGAAGUUAGCACAAGCAUAUGCGAAACCAACGGAAUUGUAGAGGACGAUGCUUGUUUGGCUAAAGAUGACCUCAUUAGUCUUGCUUGGCAUCUAACACAAAUGGAGGAUGACUUUGAGACUCACGAAAAACAGAAUCCAGAUGUUCUAAUAAACCAAACAGAUGAUGAGAAUAAUGGCAUGUUCGAAGAUUUCCUCCAGGUUUAUUCACAAAAUGCAACAGCUUUUAACUUCAAUACGGAUUUGGGUUGCCAGACUCAUAUUCUAAAUCCGUCUUCUGUUAACCCUGAUUCUGACGUUUUAGAUAAAGAUGUAAUUCUUUUGGAUAGUGAACCAGAAUAUAGAACUGAUUUCGAAAAUCGUGAUGAUGGUACGCAGUUGUCUUGUCCAAACGAAGAAAGUACAGGAAAUGCUGAUAUUGAUGCUUUACUUGCUGCAGCUGCUAUGGUUGGUGCUGCGAGUGGAGUUGGAGAUGCACAGUCAGCUGUUGCCGUUCCUUUACCUUCUUCUUCUCUUGCAUCAGUAACUCACCAAAAUACACUUUCCUCAGAAUGCGAUUCUUCUCAUCCGGAAAAUAAAGAUGAUGUCCAUGGUGAUAUCCAUGUAACAUUCAGUAGUUCUUUGCUACCAGCUCAUUCCACUAGUUGUAAACUUUCACCACUUCUUGAUCCUAUUAAUGUUGGCGACUCAGUUAAUGGCUUAAAGGAAACAAAGCCCGACGAUCUCUUACCAAGUGAUUUGUUUGAUGAUUUUCCCAAAACGGAGGUAAAUGAUCAGUUCGCGAAUGAAACAUCUGAUUCAGUUAAUGAAUUCGAUGAUGGUUAUGAACCCACAAGUUUGGCAGCAGUUCUUGGUUGUAAUGCUGAAGAUGCUGCGGAUUUAGAGUCAGUUUUAGGUCAGGAAGCUCCAGAUUUAUCCGAUGGUGGAGGUGUUUCGGAUUCUUUUCUUCAUUCCCUUGUUGGUCCUUCACCUACAGUGGAUGAUUUAAAUGUACAGAAUAAUUCAGUUAAUAUUUUUGAUAAUGAUUUUCACUCUCCGCAUGAAUCUAAACAAGAAACCGAAAACGAUUUAAGUUUCCAUUCAGUCGAUGAUUUUCCUAGUGAUAUUGCUUGCGAAAUGGUUGGAGAUGCAACAAAUACAUUGCCUGUAUCAAGACAAGUUAGAUCCUUACUUCGUGAUGCCGACGCUAUUUCGGUGUCUUCACGCUUUGGAUCACCACCGGGAGGAAGCAAAAGUUUCAAUCAUUUCUUUGAGGCCACUUCGCGGCGUCUUAAUAGGUCAUGCAGGUUCACAUCUGAUAUUGACGACGAUUUCAUUGGUGUAGAUUUUUCUGAUGCAGUAAAUGAAUGUACAACAGCAGAACAGUUCGAUGAAGCCCUAAUGUUGUUAGGACCUCAACCGAAUUCACCCAUUAGUCAGUCCGAAAUGCACAGUGAGAAUACAAUUCCUGUUUCGGUUACUGAUUUCGUUUCUCACAUAGAGGACAAAAUGAAACACAACGAAAAUGCGACAAAAGAUAAGAAACUGUUACGUAUUGACUGCACAGAUCUUAGAAUUGUUGAACCCAAUGAUAUUCAAACAGCUCAGCCUAGAAAUGCAUCCCCACAACAUAAGAUCGACAGAUCUGUAAGAAGUCCAGUUCUAGUUAAAGAAUCUGCUCAACAGGAAGAAUAUAUCCCUUCGAUGCUAUCAUCUCCAGUAAAUGAGGUCAAAGAAUGCACAAUUGAAAGUAGUUUAAAUCACGACAUUGCCGAAAAUACUAAAAGCCAUUUGAUCGACUCCUUAGGUAGCAGCGAUCCAGUUACAUUGGUAACUGCGGAGUCUCAACAAACUGCCAUUGACGAUAACAUUAAAACACAUACCAAUACCACAAUAAACAAAAAUGCAGGGUUUUUGUCGCCUGACAAAAAAACUGAGUUAGUCGACUUAAUUCCAUCUAUAUUGGGAGAAAAAUCUGUAUCACCAAAUAGCUCAACGUUACCUUUACAAGAUAAGCCUGAUACUCAGAGCUCUGUCUCAAUGGUAGACACAUUUGAUAGUUGCCACUACGAUUUCUCUAAAAUCCCUUCACCAACAAAUCCGGUUUACUGUGAUCUUACAAGGCGUCCUCAAUCUGUUAGUCCUAAGUUUUCAUUUGGUUUUGACAUAGUUCAAGAGACAGAAAACGUAUCAAAAUCGUGUGCUUCUAACCCAUUUUCAUCUUGUGACAUUGCCACCUCGACAAUAUGUUUGUUUAAACCAGAUAUUUAUUUCGACAAUAAGGAGCCAUCAUCAAUCUUUUCUUCUGACCAGAAUAUAUCAGUAAAUACAGAAGAUAUGGUAUCCAAUAUUUCUAUUCUUGGAGUUCUUGCUUCAUCAUCUGCCCUAGUGGAGGCAGUUGCAGAAUUGGAAGGUGAUUCUGAUAUUUCACCCAUCAAAUCAAGCAUAGAAGGAUUAGCCUCACUUGAUCGAAUGUUAAAAAGUUGUCAGCGUCGUAGUCAACAAACUUUUGAGUCUACGAAGAAUACUUCUAGCGGUUCUGAAAGCGUUAUGGUUUCAUCUCAAACCUCAAGUGUAUCUCAAAGCUCAGCACCAAAACAACAGGCACAUAUGAGACUUCAAAUAGUGAUUGAUUCCAAAAUAGUUCACAGUGAUGGUAUUCCUGCAAGUACUUUACUAUCAGUCAGCAGUGGUCACUCUUCUAACAAAAGUCUCAAUUUCGGGCAGACGCGAUUCAAAAACUCAAAUAACGUGCACUCCAAACGUGGGAGACGAAAACGUGCAGGUAAUAAAAAACCACAUUUAUCCUACUUAAAAAGGAAUCCAAUUAAAACCAGUUGUAAAUCAGAUCCCUCUGCCCAUGAAAUAAGUCCUCAGAGUGUCGCUCCGGCUAUAAAUGAGUUCCAUCAUUCUCAAAACCAACCAAAUAAAUCUACCAUGGAUAUGACUACUAACGAUCUUUUAGAACUGGCUACAAGACGUCCUCACUCCUUUGGGUUAUCUUUGGCAAAUGGUGAGUUAUCAAAUGUCCCUAAUCCUCCCGUUUCUCCGGAGUUCGAAUGUCAUCUACCCCCUUUGGUACUAGCUACUGGAGCGUCCUUAUUUCCAGAGUCAUGUUUACAUUCUGAUGCUUGUUCAUCUGAUGAUUCUUACUCCACGAUCCCAUCUGCCCAUAAGUUUAAAGUUGAACCAGAUGAAACAGUUGUUGUUAAAGCUAGUCAUGACGAAAAUAUUGUCUCAUCUUCAACACCUACACAACUUCAUACUCAAGAGUCUCGUAAACGCAAAAAACGUGGAAGAUACAUCACUGGAAUAAAGCCUCGUGCCCAAACCCAAGUUGAUUUGCCUACAGUAACAGAAAGACAUACAAAUCACUGGCGUUUCGAUUUUGAUAAGAAUAAUUUUAUUGGAGUGAAUCCUAACUUUUUGAAACCAUUCGAGUCACUGGGUGAAGCACCCUUUGAACGUUUCUUACACGACACAAAACUACAAACUUUUGCUGCAUUAAAGUCAUGUACUGGUGAAACUAUCCGCAGCCUAAAGUCUAACUUUAAUUCUUGCGCUCUUCCUACACUUGCUUCGUUCUGUUCUUUACCUAAAUCGGAUAGUCCUUUCCAAAGUCAUACUUUGUCUUUACCAAUUACCACAGCAGUUAAUCAGUCGAAUUCUUUGUGUGAUAGUAGCUCAAGUCACUCACUUGAAAAAGUGUUUCCAACUGUUUCACCUUUACCCGUUAACAGAAAUGCAGGGAUCGCUGGUAGCUUUGCUGGGGCUGCUGCCUUCCGAGCAACUAGCUUUAGUGCAUUGGCAGCUAAAGUUGAAAAGAAAAAUGUUGGAAAUGAAUUCCACCUUAAUAUACCUCAGAAACUCUGUGGAGAAAUGUGA